AUGGAGAAGGCAGCUGGUGACAGGCGGGUGACGCCGUGCUGGGGAGGAGCGGGCGGCUGCAGCGAGCGUGCCGGGGAGCACGUCGGCACUGCUGGGCACAGCGCCGCUCCCAGCCCUGAGCGCGAAACGAAGGAGGAGCUGGAAGAGCUGAUGUCUGACAUAAAAAAAACGGCAAACAAAGUACGCUCCAAGCUAAAGAGUAUUGAGCAGAGCAUUGAACAAGAGGAAGGACUGAACAGGUCAUCUGCUGACUUGCGGAUAAGGAAAACUCAGCACUCAACGCUGUCACGCAAGUUUGUGGAGGUGAUGUCCGAGUACAACGCCACGCAGACUGACUACCGGGAGCGCUGCAAGGGCAGGAUCCAGAGGCAGCUGGAGAUCACUGGGAGGACCACCACCAGUGAGGAGCUGGAGGACAUGCUGGAGAGCGGCAACCCGGCCAUCUUCUCCUCUGGGAUCAUCAUGGAUUCAAACAUCACCAAGCAGGCACUGAACGAGAUUGAGACACGGCACAGUGAGAUCAUCAAACUGGAGAACAGCAUCCGAGAGCUACACGACAUGUUCAUGGACAUGGCCAUGCUGGUGGAGAGCCAGGGUGAGAUGAUUGACCGCAUUGAGUACAACGUGGAGCACUCAGUGGACUACGUGGAGCGGGCUGUGUCCGACACCAAAAAAGCAGUGAAGUACCAGAGCAAAGCCAGACGGAAGAAGAUCAUGAUCAUUAUCUGCUGUGUGAUCCUGGGCAUCGUCAUCGCCUCCACCUUCGGUGGCAUUUUCGGCUAGACUCACCCCACGGGACUGUUUGUGUGCGAUGGACGGAGCUGCGUGUGCCGUGGGGCCGCAGCCGCACUGGAGCAAACCACGCAGCCCCGGAGCCUCCCA